AUGUUUGCUGCAAGCAAGGCACACAACUCGAACAGGUUGAUGGUAGUGCUGAUGACAAGCCUAUUUGCAUGCCAUCACAAAUGGAAGCCUGAUGUCCUCAAAAUUCCCAAUGACACUGUCAUUCAGCUACUGGAGCUUACACCUGAGACACAGCCAGAAAAGUUCUAUGAUGGAAAGUUUCUGGAUAAAAUCACAAAUAUGCAUAAGGAUCAAAUUCAGAGGAGGAUUAAGGUCACAUCAAACUUAAGAUAUGUUGAAUAUAUGUACAAGUGGCCCUCUGAGUACCCCUCUGAGAGGUUCACUCAAUUUAACAGGGGGACCACUCACCAAUUCAAUAGUCCACCACACCAAAAGCCCACUGAUGGUGCACCACCAAAGGUCAGAACAUUCGCAAGGAUGCCAGUCAACACGCAGCCUGAGGAUCCAGCCGACACCCUAUUGUACUUCAAAACUCUGGUGGAGAGAGUCAAGGAAAGAUGGAAGGCGAGAGAUGAUGAUGUGGAGAUCGUAGAACCCACUGCCAAGAGGGCACUUACAGUAAAGGACAGGGCCGUGAAUGAGGAACAUGAGGUAGAAAUUGUAGAACUUCCUGCCGCCAAGAGGGCGUUUACAGGAAAGGAGAGGGCCACAGAUGAGGAUGAUGAGGUGGUAACAUCUUCAUCCUAUAGCUUGACCCCUGCCAAGCUAUUAGCACACACAAGGACUUACUGUAACAUCUUCUUAACACAAUAUGAGGGAUGGAGUUUAAUUAUAUUGACAAGUUGGGAUGUCGGGACAAGUAUAGAGCAGGAAACUGACUAG